UAAACGAACAUGGCGGACUCUCACGAACUUUCAUCUUCUUCUUCAUCAUCUUCAUUGUCAUCGAACGAUUCCUCUGACAUGUUUGAUGGGGAUUUCUCUGAUGAGGAAAGUGAUGUGGAUGGAUAUGGCAUCGCACCUGUUUUUGGAUUAUAUCCUUACAUGUUCGAGCCAGUGUGUGAUAGCGACGAGCAGGCUAUGAUGGAGGCAGAAGAAGAUGAGUUGGAGGAUGCAAAAAAGCUCGAAGAUUUGAGUUCCUGGUGUCAGUGUGGCAACUGUGCCAUAAUGGAAACAGCCAGAGAGUGUGUGUGCUGCUGUGGGGUGAAGCAGGUGCAGGCAAAGCUUGACGAUCCAGCUUUGGCAGGGGCCCAUUUAGGGUGUGUUACCGACCACCCAGGUUUGGAAGGGAUUUGCUACAACAUUUGGACACUGGAGGUAGCGGCAAUGGCCUACAAACAGCGGUAUGGGUCCAUCAAAAUCAAAGGGCCAGCUAAUGAGAAAUAUCGCUUUGUGGCAUACCGCCAAUUCGUCAGGUGGUGCUGGGAUUACCUUGGAAGGGAGGUCAGGGUGGUGAUCCCGUCCUGCAUGAUGAUCAAAAUUCGUGAAGCAUUCCCGUCUACAGCUUGCUACAAGGGUUUCAAGCUUGCUGGCGAGGAUUGAACAUUGUUCGAUUUGAAACUCUCUUACCUUGCUCUGGGACAUUGAAACGCCUGUAGUAUUUCGCAAUGGCCUCUUCCUUGGUUGGGCGUAUAAAUUGUGAGGACAGUGGUGGUGGCACCUCUAUUUCAUCAACUUCAGUGGAGAACUUGGCUGGGUCAUUGAUAACGUCAUCAUAGUGUUUUCAUCAGAGACAUAACAUAACCUGAAGUAAAUUGACCAACUUAUUUUAUUCGUCCAUUCCUGCAGGGUUAUGUUAAAUAUUGUAAAUAGUCAUCAGCUUUACCGGUAUAUAGAUUAUUGAACAAAGGUUAAUUUUUUCAA